AAAGAAAGUCAGAGGGGGGAAUGUCUGAAGAGAGGAAAACCGUCGGGAAACAGGCUGGUUUAAAAAUACUCCCUCUAUAGCCAGAAAUAGACUUUGUACAACCUAAUCUAGGUGCAACGGAAGCUUGUCGCGCUUUAAUUGUGGACGAACUGGAGGUUUGUUGACCACAAAGAAAGAAAAGGAACAACUUUGGAGCAGAAGUUUGUCAUCUUUGAAAGGGGGAAACGAAACGGCUGAAUCUGCUUCGCCUUCCCAGCUGUGGAUUCAAAACAUUCUCAGCGUCCAGAUCCAAACCAGAGCGAAACGCAGCGGAGAUGCUUUGAUGGAGUUCCGCUCCAGGUUGGCUGUUUUCCCCUUCACGCCCAGUUUUCCAGGUGAUCUGCCGGGAGGAACCAUGGCGCGCUGGAGGUGCUGCUUUCUCAUCCUCAGCGUCGUUUUUGCGCCCGUCUCUGGCGCACAGCUGUCAGACCUGAAGUUUGAAAAGAGUCCCAGCACCGUCGUCUCCUCCCUGGGCAAACCGGUCAGGAUGCACUGCGAGCUGAAGGGAACCGGAGACGAGAACGCGGUCCCGCCCGAUCUGGUCUGGCUCAAAGACGGCGCUCCUCUUCAGUUCGAAGACACGGACCAGUCCCAGACCAUCACCGACAACACCUGGACCGUCACCAGCACGCUCAAAAUCGACAAGGUCCAGCUGUCGGACAUGGGCCCCUACAGGUGUGCCGUCGAGUCCGAAGGCAACCAGACUCUGUCCGACGUCGGGCGCAUUCAGCUGGAAGGCCUUCCUCAUUUCUCUGCCUGGAGGAGUUCCGUGAGUAUAGGCCAGUCUGGCGAAUGUGUGGCUCACGGACCUCCAGAUCCGGUCAAGGUCAUCUGGCUGCGCGAUGGAGCUGAAAUGAACUCCUUGAAUGACCCGGUGGCGCUGUCGCCUUCAGCACUCAACCUCACAGGUCUGAACAGAACCAGCACUUUCUCCUGUGAAGCUCACAACCAGAAGGGCGUGUCGACCUCCCGGUCUGGAACCGUCACCGUUUUGCCUUCUCCACCUCAUAAUGUGAAAGCUGUGGAGACCAAUCAGACCGCCGUUCGUUUGUCCUGGCUGCCUGGUUUUGGAGGAAUCUACCCGAUAAUUCGCUGCUCUGUUCAGGCCAAGCAGUCGGGAGAUUCCUUCCCGGCAGACUCGGAUAAGACGAUACACACCCAGAAAGUGAACGUCCCACCAGCCACGCAUCUCAUCCAGGGCCUGGAGCCACACACGCGCUACGCCGUCAGGGUGGCCUGCGACAGCAGCCAGGGGCCGUCUGACUGGUCGCCCUGGGUGGAGCUUCGCACACAAGAAGGAGUGCCAGACAACCCACCGGCCAACGUGACCGCCAAGCCAAACGGGACCGAGGUGCUGGUGUCGUGGGAAGAACCUCCGGGGAAGCUGAACGGGGAGCUGCUGGGGUACCGGGUGGAAUACAGCACUCCCUCCAUGCCGCAGUUUAAUGCGAACGCUGGAUUGGACACAGAGUUCUCCAUCAAUCUGUCCACCCCGUUGUCCAACGUGUCUUUUAGGGUCUGCGCCUACACAGGGGCCGGUCCUGGACCCUGGAGCCCCAUAAGGAUUCUGGUCCUCAGUUCUCCUGAAACGGGGAAAUUCAGAGGUUUGUCAGAUCCGGCAACGUUUUCCUGGCACUGGUGGUAUGUGGUGAUGGCCGUCACCGGUGCCGUGGCCCUCGCCAUUCUCCUGGCUGUUUACGUGGCCAAGCUGCGGCGCAAAGAGACGCGCUUCGGGGAGGCGUUCGAGCCCAUGAUGGAGCGCGGGCAGCUGGUGGUGAGGUACCGCGCGCGCCGCAGCUACAGCCGCAGACCGCUGGAGGCGACACUGAACAGCUUGGGCAUCAGCGAUGAGCUGAAACAGAAGCUCCAGGACGUGAUGGUGGACAGACACAGACUGACUCUGGGAAAAACCCUGGGAGAAGGGGAGUUUGGCUCUGUGAUGGAGGGCCUGCUGAAUCAGGAAGACGCUGUUCUCAAGGUGGCUGUAAAGACGAUGAAGAUUGCAAUCUGCACGCGCUCAGAGAUGGAAGACUUUCUGCGUGAAGCCGCCUGCAUGAAGGAGUUCGAUCAUCCCAACGUCAUGAGGCUCCUGGGCGUGUGUCUGCAGACGGUGGAGAGCGAAGGUUACCCGUCGCCUGUGGUCAUCCUGCCGUACAUGAAGCACGGCGAUCUGCACAGCUAUCUGCUGUACUCCAGGCUGGGCGACUGCCCUGUGUACCUGCCGUCUCAGAUGCUGGUGAAGUUCAUGGCCGACAUCGCCCGAGGAAUGGAGUACCUCAGCUGCAAGAACUUCAUCCACAGAGACCUGGCUGCGCGCAACUGCAUGCUGAAUGAGAACAUGAACGUUUGCGUGGCCGACUUCGGCCUCUCCAAGAAGAUCUACAACGGCGACUACUACAGACAGGGCCGCAUCUCCAAGAUGCCCGUCAAAUGGAUCGCCAUCGAAAGCUUAGCAGACCGAGUCUACACAACAAAGAGUGACGUGUGGUCGUUCGGAGUCACCAUGUGGGAAAUCGCCACGCGAGGACAAACGCCUUACCCCGGGGUGGAAAACAGUGAGAUUUAUGACUACUUGAGACAAGGGAACCGACUCAAACAGCCUCCAGACUGUUUGGACUCCAUCUACUCUCUGAUGUUCUCCUGCUGGCUGCUGAGCCCGAAGGACCGGCCGUCCUUCGAGACGCUGCGCUGCGAGCUGGAGAAAGCCCUGGAGGACCUGCCGGACCCCCAGGACCCGGACGAGAUCCUCUACGUCAACAUGGACGAGUCGUCCUCGGAGCUGGGCGCCGUGGGCGGCCGCGACCCCGCCGAGGCCUCGCCGCUGUGCCUGAAGGGACUGGAGUCGAUGACCACCACCACCGUGGAGGUCCACCAGUCCAGCCGAUACGUCGUCUGUCCGCGCCGCGAGGCCGGCCGGGCCCUCUCCGACUCGCUGGAGAGCCUGGACAUGCCGGUGUCGUCGUCCACGGCGACGCUGCCGCUGCAGCCGUCCUGCCACGCCACGCCGGACCGCACCCCGGUCCGCACCCCGACGUUUGAGCUGCUGGAGGACAUAGAGGCGAACAGGAGGAUGCCCUGGCAGUAACUGAGCCAAAACACAAACUCACCACAGCAUGCUCAUGGCAUGAAGGUUUCCUCAAGCCGAUGAGAGGAUUUCCAAGGGACUCUGAAGACGCUUCGUCUUCUUCGUCCUGCGAUCUGCAGGAGACGCUCACGGUUUUAUGCUGCAGAUUUAAUAUUUGUAGCACAAUCUGGAGCUGCGUUUCCAUUACAAAUAUGCGCAAAACUUUUUUGAUCCUAUUCUAAGGUAAAAAAAAAAAACAAACAAAAAAAACUGAAUUUUGCUACCACAGCAUUUCCUUUAAAGGUUCCAGCAGCUUGUAAAACCAACCUUCAGCGUUACAUCACGUUCAAAUGUUCUUCCCUCAUCAAAGACAAACCUGGAGCGCUGCUUUGAUUCCUUCAUGCAUGUUUGAGGACUCCUUUUGUCUCCAUGGCCACCAUUUAGCUGAGCAAAACGCUUGGGUGGACGUAGCCCCGCCUUCGAGGCGCAGCUCCUCGCUCACUCAGCUCCUUCAGACUAGCCAGUAGUAAUUAGCAAACACGUAAUUGGUCUCAGAGCAACGCUGGUAAAAACGUUAAAGGGUUAAUAGAGGAGCCAUGUUGUGAUGACUUCCUGAAGGCGGAGCUUCAGAAAGGGCAGGAGCUUCUUAAAGUGACAAAGACCCAAUUUCUUUCAAUAAAUUUUACUUAAAAGUAAAAUGUAAAUGCUACAUUGUAAAAAUUAGCCACUCUGUGCCUGGAAAACACAUAUUACUGCCUCAGCCAAUGCAAAAGGUUUUUUUAAUUUAAUGAAUUUAUUUCCAUAAUUUGCUGAAUUUGAAGGUGAAUGGAAACGCAGCUACUGCGUUUUCUCCUCCUCUGCAAUAAAACGCCACACUCCCUCCGCCGCCAUGCUGGACCGAACCUCCGUGAAACCAGUGAAACCAGCUGACACUGCCAGACUGAACUGGUCGCACUCAGAUGGACGACUCGUUUUCAUUCUGUUUAUCUUUAGACUGUGUGGUACGUUAAUGAUAUAUCUGUUUAAAAUACUUUUACUGCUCUGUGUACUUCCAUGUACAAACGGCGUCGACUUAAAAACGCUUCACAUCGCCUAGACUUUUCUACACUUUUCAUCUUGUUACAACCACAAACUUGAAAUUUGAUUGUAGAUUUAUUUAACAAACCAACAGCAGAGUAAAGGAGUUAAAACCAGAGUCAAUAUUUAGGUCUGAUCAUUACUCCAACAGGUAAUCUGGUGGCGUGUACAGCUAAAGAUUUAGCUAGUUAUACUUCUGUUUGAGCCUAAAUAUUUAGCUUGCUGGUUAAUAUUUAGCUUCUACACUAUAUGUAGCCUCAAACGGACUGUUUAGUUAGCAAACUAAAUCUUUAGCUUGAAACUUAUUUUUUCUUGCCAACUACUGAGCUUGAGGUUAAAUUUAGCUUCGAACUCUAUAAUUAGUUUGCUAGCUAUUUAUUUAGUUUGACCUUAAAUAUUUAGCCUGUGAUCUAAAUACUUAGCUUGAGGUUACAUAUUUACAUUUAGCUCCAAGAAAAAUAUUUAUCUACUUCAAUAAAUAUCUUGAAAUGGUUCUAAAUCAAUAACAUGGUGAAAAUAUGAUCUUUUUUUAAAAAACAGCUUCCUUUUUUUUUUCUCUUAAACCCAAAUUAUUGCAAAUUAUUGCUGUCAGUUUUUGACUCUUUAACGUUACAAACAGCAGAAACAGAUAAAAUCCCCGUUGGAGGUUUUGUGGUUUGUGGUUGUGACAAAACGCUGAGAAAGUUUGAAUCUGAAGCCAGUCCUGAAGCUCCAGAGGUUGGGGCCGCUGCAGAUAGAAAAAAUAGACAAAAACUUUGACAUUUCUGAAUUUGAAAUAUGAAAAUUUUGCUAGAAAAAGCUCUGAAAUAAAUAAUUGGCCAAUUUUUGUCUGAUUUUCAAAAGUCAAACAUUUUCCAAAGAGAAGCUUGGAGCUUACUGAGUUUUAAAAAGUCAAAAUAUUGCUAGAAAAAAAAAAUGAAACAGAUUAAUUUCAGAUUUUUGUUCUAGAAAAAAUCAGGAAAUUUCAGAUUUUCAAAAUUCAGAAGCUCGCCAGAAGAAAUUUUUAAACUGAAAAUGUGAAAAUUUGUGACUUUUGGGUAUUUUCUAACUCAAAAUUUUCUUGAAAAUUAAUCUCAAAAUUUGAGGGGGGUUUUUCUAUCAAACCAAAUUUCCACAUAUUUUACUCUUUUUUUUUUUAGAAAAAUCUGAAAAUUUCUGUAGUUUUUGUCUCAGUGGAUGAGCAGCAAUCAGAUCAAAUGAUGAAAAGUUUCAGUUUUAUCAACAUUCAGAUUUUUGUUUUUAUUCUGAUGCUGAUUUUUUGUAUUUCUUCAACUUUUGCACUAAUGACUUCAGUUGUUUAGACAUUAUUUCCCCUUAAACUUAAAAAACACACAAAUCUUGGGGGGAAAAGCUCAAAAACUGUCAUCUGGCUGCUCUUCUUCUGUGGUUUCUCAAACUGUUGCACUGAGGACGAGGAGGACGCCCGGCGCUGCAGCGUGUAUGCACUUAUAUUUUUAUGUAUGUAUAUAAACAGUAUAUGUUUCUCUCUAGUCCUGUAUUAAGUCUUCAGAUUAGAUUUUGCUGAAAUCGCGCUGUGCUUCUCUGUGAGCAUCAAAGGUACUUUUAAAACCGUGUACAGUUACAGAAUGUUUUGAAAAACUACUUCAUUUCCCUUUUCUUGGUUUGUUUUUGUAAAACAUUGGUACUGUUUAAUCAGUGGGACUUUUAGAAAAAAAAAGGUGCUGAAACUGAGAUUCACUUCCUGUUUCCUGUGUACAUGGAGCAUUUUUUUCUUCUUCCUCAUCAGCCUUUCACAACCUUCCCAAGUGCCUUCAAAGAGCCAGUAUUUU